AUGGCUGACCAACUUACCGAAGAGCAAAUUGCAGAGUUCAAGGAAGCUUUCACUCUCUUUGACAAGGACGGUGACGGUAGCAUUACCACCAAGGAACUUGGCACUGUUAUGCGUUCUCUCAACUUGAACCCCACCGAGGCCGAGCUUCAGGAUAUGGUCAACGAGGUCGAUAGCGAUGGUAACGGUACCAUUGACUUUAGCGAGUUUCUUACCAUGAUCGCAAGAAAGAUGAAGGAUACAGACUCCCAAGAAGAAAUCCAAGAGGCUUUCAAGGUCUUCGAUAAGGAUGGCAACGGCUACAUUUCGGCCGCCGAGUUGCGUCAUGUCAUGACUUCGUUGGGUGAAAAGCUUUCCGAGGAGGAGGUUGAUGAAAUGAUCCGUGAGGCUGAUGUCGACCAAGAUGGUCAAAUCAACUACGAGGAAUUUGUCAAGAUGAUGAUGUCCAAGUAG